CCUUAUCAAACCAUCAGCGUCACAAUUUUAAAUUCCUACCUACUUCUUUAUUACACGCAUAUGUAUAUAAUGAAAAGUUAGAAAGAUCUAUUCGCAGAAAAUAGUUAUAACAUUUCCCAAAAAUGAAGUGCACUGUGUUCAUUACAGGUUUUCUGGUUCUUUGUUCUAUAAUACAUUUGGCACAAGGCAACGUUCUCUACAGAGACAAAAGAUCAAAAUCUCCUCAGUGGUCAUCAUUCAUCAUCAACAGUUCUGGAAGUAAAAACAGUGGUAACACUAUUUCGAAUGGAAAUGACGAUAUCAGUGGAAAUCUAGUGAACGGAAAUAACAAUGGAGAUAACUCCAAUUCUGGAAAUAUUAAUAAACCUCCACCUCGACCUACUACAACAACUACAAUAGCUUCAACGUCAUCUGCAACAUUAUCUACUCCUCGAUCAGGUAUAACUGAUCCUCCUCCCUUGACAGAUCUUACAACCUCAAAUGAUCUUCAACCUUCAUCAAGUUCUCCAUCAUCAAAUCCCACUGAUAAUGGUGAUUCCACUGAUAAUGAUAAUCCUACGUCAACUGAUAAUGAUAACCCCACAUCAACUGACAAUGACUCCACAUCAUCGACAAAUCCCGAUUCUGAACCUUCAACUACACAAUCUACCGGAAAUAAUGACGACAAUAAUAAUCAAGAAUCAACACCUUCAGCGGCUGAUAAUUCCAAUACUGACUCAACAACCACCGAAGCAUCAUCAGACCAAUCAACUUCAUCUACACCAACAAAUCCAACAACAGAUUCCAAUACUGACUUAACAACCACCGAAGCAUCAUCAGACCAAUCAACUUCAUCUACACCAACAAAUCCAACAACAGAUUCCAAUACUGACUUAACAACCACCGAAGCAUCAUCAGACCAAUCAACUUCAUCUACACCAACAAAUCCAACAACAGAUUCCAAUACUGACUCAACAACCACCGAAGCAUCAUCAGAACAAUCAACUUCAUCUACAUCAACAAAUCCAACAACCGAAAAUAAUCAAAAUGGAUCCAAAGAUCCAGCAGAAUCUUCACCAACAUCCUCGGCAAGUGAAUCAUCAGCUUCUUCGGAGACAACAACUGCUCUAAAUGAAGAACCUACCACCACUUCAAAUCUAGAAACAACAAUUACUGCAGAUGAAGAUUCUCCCAUUACUACAAAUUCUCAAUCGGAUGGCACUUCAUCCUCAUCAACAGAUGGUCCGAGCGAGGGUCCGAUCUUAUCGCCAUUAAUUAUAAACAACGCCGGGAACAAUAACACUGACAACUCCAUUUUGAAUGGUAAUGACGACACUAGUGGAAAUCUAAUAAACGGAAACGGAAACGGCGACAACCAAAAUUCUGGAAACAUCGAUUCCGGAUCCUCAUUAGCAACUUUUAUCAUAAACAACGCGGGUAGCAACAACGCGAACAACAACAUAACCAAUGGAGACGAUAAUUCUGACGGUAACUUGAUAAAUGGAAAUGGAAAUGGCAACAAUACCGAAUCCGGAAAUAUAUCGAGACCAAAAAAUAAAAGAGCUUUGCCCCGAAUUAUCAAUAAUUCGGGUGACAGCAACAAAGAUAACAGCAUCAGUAACGGAAAUGACAACAGCAAUGGAAACCUGAUAAACGGAAAUGGAAAUGGUGCAAAUUCUGACUCGGGUAACACUGAUGGGAGUGAAAAUAAAAAACGAGAGAAAAGAUGUACCUGUCUUGAUGCCUAAUAAAAAUUUAAAUAAACUUUAA